AUGUCGUCCACCACAGCCUCUCCUGCCAUCUCAAUCCAUAAGCCUCGCUACCCCUUUGUCCCUUCAGGAGACUCGUCUCCUCUUGAUCUGUCCCGUUGUUCGUCCCCUCGCUCCUCCGAGUGUGACUCGCCGGACGGGUCCAGGUCGACCAGUCGCCGACGUCCGUCGGUGGGCUCGAUCAAAGAGGACAUUGACGGCAUUGCGCAGUCAUUCGUGGACAGCCAUAUCGGAGAACAACCGCCCCCCAAAGAGCAACAAACAACACACAAUCACGCCGAGAUGCACCAAACCCCCGAUUUCUGCUGCCCCUGUGGCGGCUUCCUGGGCUGGAAGCAAAUCCGACUGGGUGGGAAGAGUCUUAGCAGGAGUUACAGCGACCUCCGGUAUCUGGGACAGAUGCACGCACGCGGCUGGGCUUGGGAGACCACUCCUACUAUCAGCAACACUCCGCCGGCCAAGAUGUUGCAGGUGGAGGAGCAGAAACCGGACCCCGGUUCGUCCCGGUUGGAGAAACUCCCGCCAGAGGUGCUCGAUCAAAUCAUAUCGAAGCUAGCUUUGGACGUCCCGCCCAAUGGAUACACGCCGCGGAAUGUCGACCUGAUUGCCUGCCUUCUUGCGUCUCGCACGUUGCACGCGGCCACCCUCAGUGUGUUGUACAGGAAUAUGACAUUCCCGCACUCGAUUAUCUUCUCCAAGGCCCUCAACCACAUGUCCCAGUAUCCGGCCUUGGGCACGCUAGUUCGUCGCCUCGAUUUUUCUCACUUCACUUCUGUUGGACUAGGACGCACCAAGCAGAUGAACGCCGAGAUCCAGAACCUGACGGCUACGACGCUAUUGAAGUGCCUGGAUCUACUCCCAAAUCUCAAGGAAUGUUUGCUCCAGGAGCAUGUAGAGGGGGAUCUCAACGUGGAAGUGAUGCGGAAGUUGUUCACCGGCCUUCCCAACCUCUGUGCACUCGACCUCUGCGGUUGUUCGACGCAGUCAUUCUCGGCAAUAUUCCUGGACUCACUCUCCAGUCUCCCCUCGACCUUGCCCAAUCUGAGGCGUAUUUCGCUGCACGAAUGCAGCAGCCUCCCAUCCUCUGCAUUCGAGACCCUCCUUCCCCGCCUCGUCAACCUGACGCACCUCGAUGUAACCCACACGCAGAUCAACGAGAAGGCCCUCUUUUCCAUCCCUGAAACGGCUCGACUUACACAUCUGAACGUUUCCCGCACCAUCCGCCUCCGAGGGGCGAACGUCGUCGAGUUUUUGACGACCCAUCCGGCUGUGAGCGACUCUCUGGUGUUCCUGAAUCUGAUGACGGACCCCACGCGCUACCGACUCCUGGAGGAAGAGGACGUCAGUGCGCUACUCCCGAAACUGCCGUCCUCGCUUCGUUCUCUCAAUAUCGGCGGUGCUAAAGUCACCUCGGCCCACACCAAGGCCCUCAUUCCCUUGACCAAGCAUCUGGAAGAGCUAGGCUUGGGGUCAGCGGAAUUGUCGCCACAGGAUCUCAACGCCUUCUUCACUCCUACCUCGGGGUCAGUCGCCGACGGAUCGACCGGACCGGAUGACACUUGGGUUCCCCCAUCCCUGUGCUAUUUGGAUCUCAACAAGGUGUCCCAGCUGACACUUGGUACCGUGUUCAACAUGGGAGCCUGUUUAUUGCUUUCGCCGCAAAGCUACCCACUCCAAGUGAUUGAAUUCCACGAGAAGCUCAUUGCGCCGUUGCGCGAGAGAACCAAGACGGCCAAAUCUUCUACCGGAUGGACAGUGCGGGAGCUGGGUCGCCGAGGAUGGUAUGUCCGUGACCCGUCCUCCAUGCCGAAUGAAGUCGCCGAUGAUGGAUCUCGGUCCUGGAAAAUGGGUGCCCGCUGGUGGGGGAUGAGAAAGAUCCCCGUUGCUGUCGGAGACGUGGGCGGAAUCUACGGACAUUACAUGUUCAAGAAAUGA